GUACGAAGGCAAAGAGGCGCAGCAACUCCAGUCGCUUGGAUACCGGCCAGAAGAGAAUCUAGUGAGGAAUAGAGGACUGUUCACACUCCUUUUUCAGGCAUUGGCGAUUGCUGCUAUUCCUUAUGGGUUUGGUGCACCCAUCAUGAGCGCCAUUGUCGGUGGUGGUCAGCUCCCCCUCUGGCUAGGAUGGGUCGUCUGCUUAGUCCUUCAAGAAUUCAUCGGUCUCUCUCUCGCCGAGCUUUCCUCUGCCUUCCCCACCUCCGCCGGUUCCCACUACGCGACGUACCGUCUAGCGCCUCAGGGAAGUAGACGUUUCGCCGCCUAUCUCACCGGCUGGGUCGUCCUAGUGGGGAAUCUCACCAUCACGCUCAGUGUGACAUUUGGAUUCGCCUCACUACUCGCUGCUUGCAUUACCAUUGCCAAACCAGAAUUCGCAGCAACCAAUUGGCAGCUCCUACUCAUCUUUUACGCAAUCCUCGUAGCGACCUUUGCCAUUUGUCUAUUGGGGAAUCGCUUCUUGCCGUUUGUAGACUCCUUUUGCGCAGGGUAUACAUUGCUGGUCAUUUUCCUCGUGCUCAUCGUGUUGCCUUCCACGGCAGAUGAGAGACACUCGGCUAGUUAUACACUGGGACACUUCGAUAGCACCCUUUCGGGAUGGGGAGGCUUUGGCUUCGCCAUUGGACUUCUUCCCUCUGCUUACUGCUUCUCUGCGCUUGGCAUGAUCACCUCCAUGUCCGAAGAGGUAUCUAGCCCAGAGACGAGCGUCCCUUGGGCGCUUAGUCUGGCCGUCCCCGUAGGACUUGUAGCAGGCCUAUUCUUCAUCAUCCCAAUCUGUGCCACCCUGCCUCCCCUUGCAGACAUCGUAGAAGCAGGCGCUAGCAGCGGUCAAGCUCUGCCUUACAUCUUUGCAACGGUCACCGGCUCUCCGGGAGGUGGUGUGGGCCUCACUGUCCUCGUCCUCAUCUUGACCCUCUUCUGCUGUAUAUCCAUCACCACAGCCGCUUCAAGAAUGUUCUGGUCUUUUGCUCGAGACCACGGCAUCCCCUUUGGCGACUUUUUUUCGGUCAUCGAUGCCAAAUUUGGAGUGCCGAGGAACGCCCUGGUGCUGUUGACGGUGGUGCAGAUGCUCCUUGGGUUGAUCUACCUGGGAUCGACUUCGGCCUUCAAUGCCUUUGUUGCGACGGGAGUCAUUGCGCUCGCCGUCAGCUAUGCCAUUCCCAUUGCGAUGAGCGCAAUAUCUGAUCGCAGAAGGACAGUGAAUGCUGCAUCGUGGCAUCUUCCGCCUAUGCUUGGGUGGUUUGCAAAUUUCAUUGCCUUACUGUGGGUCGCCUUUCAAGCUGUUCUCUUCAGCAUGCCUACCGUGCUACCAACUUCCGAGACGGCCAUGAAUUAUGCCUCCGUCGUCUUGGUAGGCUUGAUGACUCUGUCGUUGGUGUGGUACGCUCUCGGCGGCAGGAAGCAGUUCGUCGUCCCGACCGCUUGAGCUGUGUGAGCGUGAUACUUGUAGAGGAGUCUGCGUGGAUCAAUG